UUUACAUUUUUGGCAACAAGUUUUUAAGAAAAGAAAUUAUGUCUGGGACCAAAAAUAGAAAGUCGGGAACAAAAAGAAAACAUGAAGAGAGUCCUCAGAAUACGUCAACAGUGGCUCCGCCUGCCAAGCAGAGAAUGGUGGUGACUCCUUGGCGCGACACUGCAGAGUUUAGUACCGUGUACGAAUGGCUGUUUUCCAAGCAGACCACGCCUGCCAACCUCCGCAAGGCACUAAGUCAAAUGCGGAUCUGGAGCCUGCGUCGUGGGAGUCUUUGUCCAGCUUCCGUGCUGGCCACUGGAGUUCUGGUGCAGGCCCAACUGGAGGAUAAGCAGGGAAACCCCAACAUUCAGACGACCUAUGCCAGUGCUUUCACCCGCUUCUUCAACUUCAUGUCCUCGAUCAUGCAGGGCUUCAACAUGACCAGCAUGUACGACACGGCAAAGCAACUCGGACUGCAGUCAUUCAUCGUGGAUUUAAGGCACCUGUGUGCACAUGGACAGGAGCUGCCGCCAGCUGUGGUAUUGCGUCGCACGUCGGAGCAUUGCUUGGAAUGGAUACGUAAUUUUUACUGGCUGCCACAGAACGAAACGAUGUGUAAUCUAGAUGCUCCAAAGCUGCAGCGCAAGGAUAAAGCAGCAUUUGAAAAGGAGCUGAAAGCUCUUAUGGAAAUUUACGACUUGGCCUUGGAGUGCCACCUAAUGGGAGCAGAUAAGCUGAAAGCAGUAAGCAAAUUGAAGUCCAGCGCUGAGUUUAACAAGAUUCGAGUUUAUUGCUCCGCAAAGAAAAUCAAAACCACAACAGAAAUGAUUGACAAAGUAAUUAGCGAUCUGGGUGCAGCAAUCAAGCGACAAAACUCAUCCAUGAAAGAUCUGCUGGACAUAUACAUGGCGAGUGUGCUUAAGAUGAAGUACUUCCUUGGCGCAGGCCUGAAACACAGUGAGGAUGAGGAAUUGGUCAUUCAGGCCACACAGAGCCUGUUUCGUCUCUUUGCUGUGCAGGGAUAUAUUGAGAAUAUAUUUGUAGCCUUUGUGCAGUUGGCCGAGAAUCCAAAUGCGGACGAUGACAGUCGACAAGGCGCAAGUUAUUGGGGUACAAAAAUGCUGCAGACAUUUGGAAUGCUCAGCCGAAUGAAAAGCAUGUAUACAGAGGAAUUGGAUAAGAACCCAAACAUGAAGACGGUGGACUUCACGACACUCAAUAAACCAGAGAUGUCGAAAAUAAUGCGCUCUCUGCUCAUCCACUCGGGCGUAGAUUUGACGCUCACAUUAGUUUUUGGCGAGUGCCCGAAGAAACCACGCUCAUGGGUAUUUGAACGAGAGUUCCUAAUGAGCAGACUGGAUCCCCUGAGCUUGCACUCAGUUCCUAUUUUCAAAGGUUUGUUACCACUUGUGGAACCUCCAUUGACUGCCGAACAAAGUGACGACUUGACGAAGUUAUGCAACAUAAAAAUGCAAUACACAAAUGGAGAGACAUCAAAAAAUUCAAUAGACGACAAAGUCAAAGAAGAAGAUUAUAACAAAUCAGAGAAUACAACAUUUGGCAUUUGGACAGUCGAAAAAGAAAAUAACUGGUCAACUUGUGCGCUUGGAGUACUGCCCACCAAUUUAGCUUAAAUGAGAAACGUUAACUGAAAUGUAAUUAAGCUGUAAAUAUGAUAAUAUGCGAUUUUAUUGCUUAAAUAAAUUUAUAAUACAUUA